CUUUACAAAAUAACUGCAGUAAUUGCGCUGAGUCACAGAUAAUUUUAUCUAUGUAUUAUAUAUAUAUAUAAAUGUUAUUUAAUUGUAAUCUUUAUCAUGAGGCUUAAAGUUUCAUAGAAUCUUGCAACAUUGACUUCUUUUUAGUUGUAAUUUACAUUUGUGUAGUUACUUGUAUGCGUAAGGUAUGACUUAUUCUUGAACGUAUAUAUUUUAUUAAAAAUCAUACUACAAGCACCUUUUAGUGCAAUUUCACAGAGAAAUCAAUAAAAACAGAGUACACAGAAUAUCGUAUGAAUAGAAACAUGAGCACAAAAUUCAUAUUUAUUGAAUCAAUGGAAAUUUUUAGUACAAUACCUCAAUAUCAUGUAUUACUAGAAGCGUUCUUAAUUUUUUGGCUGAUUUGGUUUAUUGUUAAGAAACAUUACAGUAGCCGUGAAAGGAUACCAACAGAAGAUGAAGUAAAACGAAAACUUGUAGAAUGGAAACCUGAACCUUUAAUAACUAAUCCACAAACGACUCAUCCGUUUUUAAGUCCAAGAUGUAUAACAUCUAGAGCUGGCAAAAGCAUAGUAAUUGAUGGAAAACAGUGUUUGAAUCUAGGUACGCACAAUUAUCUUGGUUUAGCGGAAAGUAAUGAAAUAGAAUCGAAUGCGAUAGCAGCAGUAAGAAAAUAUGGAGUUGGUUCUUGCGGACCACGAGGAUUUUAUGGAACUGUUGAUGUUCAUUUAGAAUUGGAAGAUAGUUUAGCAACUUAUACAGAUACAGAAGAAGCUGUAGUAUAUUCGUAUGGAUUUAGUGCAAUUUCAUCUGCAAUCGCAGCUUAUUGUAAACGUAAAGACCUUGUGUUUGUGGAUGAAAAAGUAAAUUUUGCUAUACAGAAAGGAUUAGAUGCAACUAAAGCUAAUAUUAUCUACUUUAAGCAUAACGAUGUUAAUGAUCUCUCUAAUUUACUAAUGAAACAAGCAAAACUUGAUAACCAGAAUCCCAAAAAAGCAUCCAAAAUUAAACGUUUUUUAAUAGUUGAGGGUAUUUAUAUGAAUACUGGUAACAUCUGUCCAUUACCAGAAUUAGUUAUACUCUGUAGAAAACACAAAUUAAGAAUAUUUAUUGAUGAAUCGAUAUCAUUUGGAACACUUGGUAAACAUGGUAAAGGCGUUACCGAACACUAUGAUGUUCCUAGGCAUGAAAUUGAUAUGAUUAUAGGAUCUCUGGAUUGGGCAAUGGGAUCUAUCGGUGGCUUUUGCGUGGGUACAUCAUUUAUUAUUGAACAUCAGCGUUUAUCUGGGCUUGGAUAUUGUUUUUCUGCAUCCCUGCCACCUCUUUUAACAACCGCAGCCAUUACUUCUCUAGAAAUUAUGAGAAACAAUCCACAUAUAUUUAAAACGUUAAAAGACAAUUGUAUAGCUGUAAAUGAUGGACUUCAGAACAUUAAUUGUUUAGAAUGUUCUAGUUUUCCAGAGUCUCCAGUAAAACACGUUUACUUGAAAGAAAAAAUGGAUCAUAGUACGGAAGAAAAAUUACUUUCUCAGAUUUCUGAUUGCUGUAUUGAAAAUAAUGUAGCAAUUAUAACUCCUGUAUAUUUGGAAGCAGAAAAGAAUUUACCUAGGCCUAGUCUUAGACUUUGCGUCUCUACUCUUCUCAACAAUAACGAUAUUGAUUUUGCCUUGAGCGUAUUAAAAAAAUGUGCCGAAGAAGUUUUAUCAGUAUAAAUGAAAGGACAAUCAGAAACCUCUUUAAACGAUGUAUUCUGCACGUUCAUUAUCUCUUAUCAUUUUCAUGAAUUUAUGCAUUCACUGUACAGUUGUAGGAAAAUUGUUAUUAAUCUUGUAGACAAAACAUUUUUUCCUUCGUAAAUAUUAUUUUAUCCUUCAUUUAAUAGCAUUCCACUUUAAUAUUGUGAUAAAUAUUUUAUCUACACAGUAGAGUAAAAAGUCUUUCUGAAGUUACUGUUUAUAUGUUUAUGUUAUGUAUGUGUAAAAUAUUAAAAAAAGAAAUACAAAGUACAAACGAAAACAUAAAUAAGUUUUUUUUAAAUUUUAUAUUUUAUUAAUUUAGAUAUUUAUUUCAUCAUACAAUGUUAUCAAUGCCAUAAACAUAAUGUAGAAAGAUCUAUAAAUGGAUUAUACAUAUUUAAAAUUCA